UUUUAUUUUGAUUUCAAGUCACGCGCAAAAACCCGGAAGCUUUCCCUGUGGCGCGUUACUUUGGAGAGAUGUCUCUGAACUCCAUUCAGCCCCAGCUGUCCUCCCUGAAGUCGUGUCAGACGGACAUCAGCACAGGGAUGGACAUUGUGUCAGAAGUCGCUCUGGAUCUGGUCGAAGCCCAAGCUACUGAUGACAGUCCGGGUCUGAAGAAACUGGAGCAGAUGAUGUUGGAAUGUGCUAAACUGGACAGUGAGAUUAGCUGCUUUGUGGAAUCUGUCGAACAGAUGAUUGCUCAGGUGAGACAUGAGCCUCCGGACGCCAUGUUCAACCUGAAAGACUCCGUAAAGGAGCGAUUCACUGAACUCAAGGCCGCAGUCCCACAUGCUGAGAUUGAACGCCACUGUAAAGUUAUAGCCUUCAGAGACAGCAUCAGGAAAUCUCUGCAACAAGCAAAUCAGGUGGCAUCUGGCAGUGUGGAGGAGGAGCUGGAUGAGGACAUUGCUGUGACCCAGAGCCAGACGAAUUUCACAUGCCCUCUUACUCAGGUUGAAAUGGUCAAUCCGGUAAGAAACAAGAAGUGCCAUCAUUACUAUGAUCAAGAAGCUAUUCUGUCCCUCAUUAAGACGAAGCAAAACAAUAAGAAGAAGUGUCGCUGUCCUGUUGUCGGCUGUGGAAACACAGAUGUCAAGCCAUCGGAUGUGGAAUUAGACCUGGUUAUGAGGAGGACAAUACAGAACCAUAAGAGACAGACUGGAAAGAGCUAAGUUAAACUAAUAAGCUCAGGCACUUGUAUAUAGUUUUCAUAGAAUAUUUUUUCACUCACUGACCAUAAUAUACAAGUAAAUUAACUUCUGUUGGAGACGAAAUAUUUGUCUACAUGUCUUGUUAGCUUUUCUAAGAAAAUAAAAUAUUUCAAAUAAAUAUCUGUAUGUUUGUGGUCAUAUUCAUUCGACACAUGCAGUGAUUUUAUUUACUGAGGACUUUAGUCAUUUUUAGUUCCUGUAAAAUCCCGUUCAAAAUUCAUUAAAAUCUGAGCAGUACUCACACCAUUCAAUCAUGAGCCUGAUUUUAAUUGUAUUUAAUAGUCCUGUGAUAUAAUUAAUUAAUUACAACAGCCAUGGAAGUCAUCUUUCCUCAUAUCAUGCCAUCAACUCACUGCAUGAGAGAGAGUGAUCACUCCAGCGCAGUAGCAACACAGCAGGCGGGAUGAAGCAGACCUUCAGCAGUUCCAACCAUACGUCUGUUUUUGGUAACAAUAUAAAAUAUAACAGUGUAAAUCUCAUGGUUCUCUGCUCCCAGGCAUCCUUCUUUCUUAUUUAGUCAAACCACUAGUAAAUUUUACAAAACAAGAUUUCUCACAUUUCAUUGCGGUGACUCAUCCAAGCACCUUGAGUAUCCAUGUCUUCAUUUUAGAACUGUACAGUCAA